GAUCGAUCCCUCCCUCCUCCACACACCUUUCGGCCGCUUUACGCAACGCCUUUUUAAUCCCUUCCGCCCUCCGCUUCCCGUCCCCCCACCCCAGCCUGCACCUGCCCUGCGCCGCGCCGCGCCGCGCCGUGCUGUCUCUGACCCGGCGGCCAUGGCGGAGGAGCAGCAGCAGAGGUGGCAGGAGGGCCACCGCCUGUGCGCCAACAACUGCGGCUUCUUCGGCAGCCCCGCCACGAUGGACCUCUGCUCCAAGUGCUACCGCGACCUCAACCAGCAGCAGCCGGCCGCUGCUCCCGCGCCGCCGGCCUUCCUGCCGUCCUCCUCCACCGCCGCCGCUUCCGUGGCUGGCGUCGCGGCCGUGGCCGAGCCCAAGGCUCCAGCGGCGGUCCCCGCGGGAGGCAGGCAGGCGGGCAGGUGCGCGAGCUGCCGGAAGCGCGUGGGCCUGACGGGGUUCGCGUGCCGCUGCGGCGCCACCUUCUGCGGCGUGCACCGGUACCCGGAGCGCCACGCGUGCGCCUUCGACUUCCGCGCGGCCGGCCGCGACGCCAUCGCGCGCGCCAACCCCGUCGUCAAGGGCGACAAGCUCAAGGACAAGGUCUGAGGGCCAGGAGCCUCGUUCCCUCCAUUCGAUCCCUCGCACUUUUCCUCCACGCGACGCCGGAAGGAGGAGGAGGCGGAGGACGACGACGACGACUGCCGGAACGGAUCGUCGGGACUGUACGAACUACUACUCCGUGUACCCUGCGACUGGUGUACUGUAGCUUCAACUGCAUGUGUAAGCCGACGGCCCGUCGGCCAUCGCAAAAUCCAAAUCGAAAACUAAAUUGGUUUCGAAUAAGAGGUCCCGAUCGUGAGGCCUUCUUGCGGGCAGUUGUGAUUCA